UCACCCUUUUCUGAAGUUUGAAUAUCAAAAUCUUUUUUUCUCAGCUUCUGUAUGAAAAAUAUUUAAAAGGGUUUACACCUUUAGCUGGAGUAGUUGUCACUGUCAUUGUCACUCGGGUUUAGAGAGAGAGAGCUAGUGAGAGAUAUGGAAGGUGGGAAGGGAGGAGCGGAAGCGGGGCCAUCAUCGGGGAGCUCUUCAGCUCAUGGUGUUGGAAAUGGAGAAGGAGAAAAUCACAAGGAAAUGAGCGAAAAACCAAGUGGGGUUUCUGAGCUUGGACCAGAACUAGAAGAAGAAGAUGAAGAUCGUGAUGUUGGUGUUGAUGGAACCAAGAGCGAUGAGAGUGGGUUUGUUCCUGGGCCUCUGCUUUCUCUCAAGGAGCAGAUUGAGAAAGACAAGGAUGAUUAUAGCUUAAGGAGGUGGAAAGAAAAGUUGCUUGGUUCUUUGGAAAGUGAUCUGAGUGGCCAAAGGGAACCUGAAGUCAAAUUCCAUUCCAUUGGAAUCAUCUCUGAUGACUUUGGGGAGAUUAUCACUUCCUUACCUGUUAAUGAAAAUGAAAGAAACAAUGUCCUUUUCACACUCAAAGAGGGAUCUCAUUAUCGGCUCAAGCUAACAUUCAGUGUGUUACACAACAUCGUUUCCGGUCUCAUCUACUCCAACACUGUCUGGAAAGGAGGAAUCAAAGUUGACCAAAGCAAGGGAAUGUUGGGUACUUUUGCUCCUCAUAGAGAGCCUUAUGUGCAUACAUUGGAGGAAGAGACUACUCCAUCAGGGGUGCUUGCAAGAGGAUCAUACUCUGCAAAACUUAAGUUUGAAGAUGAUGAUAAAAGAUGUCAUAUGGAACUCAAGUAUACAUUUGAGAUCAAAAAGCGGUCUUAGAUGAAAUUUUUUUCUCUACUUUUUUGGUUUUUUUUUCAAGAAAAAUCAUGAACCAUAUACCCUUUUGAUCCUACCAAAUGAUGAACUGGAUUUCAUGGACUUUUGUUUGAUACAAAUGUAGAAGUGAAUUAGAGUU